AUGGAUACUAGAAAGACAAAAAAAUACUCUCUGUCAUCCUUCCCAGUUUUGAGAGGGAGAAAGAAACAAAACAUCACAUCUGUGAAGGUUGACAAUAAGCCUUUGGUUCCAACCCAGAAGCCACCUCCCAAGACCAAGAACUUUAGAGUGACUCGGUUUUUACGGAAGAGUUUAAACUCCAACAUUCCUUCACUCCCUUUUGUGGAAAACAAGGGGAAGAAGAAUAUGGUUAACUUUCCACAUAUCAGCAACAAAUUAUUGCUGAAACCACCACUGCUCUAUCAGGAUAAUCAAAUGCACAGCCAUUCAUUGUCCUCUGAACACACGACUUCGGAAUCAACUUUCCAUAGCAGCACUAAAUCUCACGAAUCCAAAUCAGAAGAGAAACCACCCAAGAAGCAAAAAGUCCCCCUGACUGCCUCAGAAGCUCUCAAGUUCUUUAAGAACCAGUUGUCUACUUACGAGCAAAGUGAAGUUCUGGGCUACACCGAGCUGUGGUUCCUGGGGCUCGAUGCUGAGAAACUCCACGUGCCCCCUCAGAAAUGCAGCAGGACAAGUUUUGAUGAUGAACAUGGCUCCUACAUGAAGGUUCUACACGACCACAUUGCCUACCGCUAUGAGGUUCUGGAGAUGAUUGGAAAAGGGUCCUUUGGGCAGGUGGCCAAGUGCCUGGAUCACAAAAACAAUGAGCUGGUGGCCUUGAAAAUCAUCAGGAACAAGAAGAGGUUUCACCACCAGGCCUUGGUAGAGCUGAAGAUCCUGGAGGCUCUCAGAAAGAAGGACAAAGACAACAGCUACCACGUGGUACACAUGAAGGACUUCUUCUACUUCCGCAACCAUCUCUGCAUCACCUUUGAACUCUUAGGAAUCAACUUAUAUGAAUUAAUGAAGAACAAUAGCUUCCAAGGUUUUAGUCUCUCAAUAGUUCGACGCUUCACCCUCUCUGUGUUGAAGUGUUUGCAAAUGCUUUAUGUAGAGAAAAUUAUUCACUGUGAUCUCAAGCCUGAGAAUAUAGUAUUAUACCAGAAGGGCCAAGUCUCAGUUAAAGUUAUUGACUUUGGAUCUAGCUGCUAUGAGAACCAGAAAGUAUACAGCUAUAUCCAGAGUCGGUUCUACCGAUCCCCAGAAGUGAUUCUUGGCCACCCCUACAACAUGGCCAUUGAUAUGUGGAGCCUGGGUUGCAUCAUGGCUGAGCUGUACACGGGCUACCCUCUCUUCCCAGGGGAGAAUGAAGUGGAGCAGCUGGCCUGCAUCAUGGAGGUGCUGGGCCUGCCACCCACCCACUUCAUUCAAACGGCCUCCAGGAGACAGACCUUCUUUGAUUCCAGAGGUUUUCCUAAAAAUAUAACCAACAAUAGGGGGAAAAAGAGAUACCCAGAUUCCAAGGACCUCACAAUGGUGCUGAAGACCUAUGACACCAGCUUCCUGGACUUCCUCAGAAGGUGUUUGGUAUGGGAGCCUUCUCUUCGCAUGACCCCUGACCAGGCCCUCAAGCAUGCUUGGAUUCAUGAAUCACGCAAUAUCAAACCCCGGAACAGGGUCCAGAACCUGAGGAAAUCCAGUCUCUACCUCCCCUGUGAGACAAGGAAAGAUAAGGUUCCAGGGCAUCGUCACCCUAGCAAAAAAGAGGUGAUCACAACAAAAGUUUUGGGCAAAAUCAGAGAUGGAGCCUCUAAGCACAUUCAAAAUUCAAGUGAUCCACAGUGCUCUCUCCCAUGCACCACUGAAGUUGUCCAGCUGCCUCAACUCAUUGAAACAUCCAUGAAGACAGAGGCCACCAAGUCUGAUGAGUCCAAGACCUCCAAGGAAGCAAGUAAAAACUCAACACCCAAGAUCAAGAAUAUCUUGCCACCUAUAGUAUGA